AAAUGAUGCACUAAUUGCUGAACCGCAAGAGCGCGUAGGGGGGAAGGUGUUUUUAAUGAAGUUUUCGAUAUUCGGCGCGACAAGCCGAAUGCAUAUGUUGAUGAUAUGUUGCAUAUGUUGAUGAUAUGCAAAUUUCGAUUAGUAGUAGGCGGAUAGAAUGUUGAACUAUCACUUAGAAGCAACGCAAGCAGCAGCGCAAGAAGGCCGUCGCCGAUGGGCUACUUGAUUCGUUAAACGGGAAGGUGACAUUCGUGUUUUUCUUUCCAAUAUUUAAUUCACUUUCUUUUAAGCUUAAGAACUUCCGCGCCACCUUAUCAGAAUGGAAAGGAGAAUGGACAGGAAGGAGAUGUGUCUGUGGUGGAGUGUAAAAACUAGAAGGCUCGCAAUGUAUACGAAAUCAUCCUACUCUACAACGCAACACAAGAAAAUGCAUUGAAUUCCUAAUCAUCAUCUCACACACCGUCGCUCGCCACAAGUUACUAAGCGGUUUUGGGGCUACGGUGCCGUUCACACUUCCUUUUUUAAAGAUGUUCCAUUUUAUGUAAAAAACAAAACAAAUAGUGUGCCGAACCCACAAGUACACAAAACAGUAUCAAGGGGAGAGGCUGUAGGGGUUUGUACCGUUUUUAGUUCGUAAAAUGCGCCUAGGUUAUUAACAUUUAUUUUAGUUAUUUAAGGUUUAUUGAUCAAGAAUAUUUCAUGCGAAUUCCUUUGGCGAAAGCACGUGUGUACGAGCCAGAUACAGUGGAUGGUGGGCGUGAAGAUGAAGAGUUGAAUCUUGUAAACAGGAAUCGAACACCAGAGAGAGAGAGAGAGAGAGAGAAGAAGAGAAAGAGAAUCGUUACACGUUACACAGAACCACAAAACUAAACACACAGGAUACACAUACAUAUUUAUUGUGAUAGGAGAAGUAAACUACUGACUAUGAUUAUUAUUGGUGCGCGAACACGCGAAGAAACAGAGAGAGAGAGAGAGAUUCGCGAACACGGAAGUAUAUGAAUAAAAUGAAAUCCCUGUUCCACUGCGCCAACCGGCAGCCAGUGUGUGCAACGGGGAGAGGAGGGAGUACAUUGAAAA